CGGAGGGAGACACGGCGAGACGCGGCCGCGGCCCCACGAGCGCGCAACAAGCCCCCUGAGGCGAGCCCGGCACGACGAUGGGAGCAGCGGGGCGCGGGGCUCUCCACUCCACCGCGCCCGCCGAAAGCGUCUCACCCGCGGCGGCGGCGCUGGCGACGAGGAGGCAGUGCAAGUCAAUGGGAUGCAGGUGGCUGAACUCCGUGUGAGACCCUCAGGUGGAAGACAGCAGGGUCACGUGGAGAGAGACCGUCAGCAAAGAGGUCUUGACUGAAGAGAGCAGAGGGAAAAUCAGCUGGAGCACGUGGCUAAGGGAGCUGCUGAUGGCUCGAGGAUGGUCCAAGCUGCACUGAAGCUCUCAACCACAUCUGUCCCCAGGGUCAUACACACCUGGAGCACCGCACACUGCCCUUUGGAAAGCGUCCUCAGGGGUCUGUGCCCUCUUCCCCUGCCACGUGGGGAGCGCUCCAUCAAGGCUGGGAGGAUCUGUGCUCAAUCCCCUGCCCCAUCCCAGCAACUGAGCAGCAUGCUUUGUGUCCCAGGGCUUUACCUCUCCCCUCCCCGAGCCGUGGAGGAAUCAGCAGGUUGGAGGCAGCACCUGAGACAGUGACGGCAGAGCAGUGUGACUAAGCCUUUUCCCCCGUCUCCAAGAAGUGCUGUGAAGACAGAUGAGGAGAUGAAGAGGCACCUCUGGAAGCCACACUUGGCCUGACCCUAAAGAUCUCCCUGGGAUGGCCAUGGCAGACACCUUCUUCUCUGAGAGAUGGAGGCGACACCCCACGAUGGCAGGGGAAGAGCGUGGGUCAGCCGCCCUCCUACGUGCGCUCCAAGGUCUCACACCUGAAGACUUCCAGGAGUUUAAGGCAAAGUUAUCAGAGCUUCCCGUGGAAAGGGGAGGGAACAUCCCCAGGGACUGUCUGGCGAAGGCUGCCCACCCCUGUGCCCUCCUCAGCUGCAUGGGCAGCAGCUACAGAGAAGACGUGGCGAUGGACGUAGCGAUCGGGUUGUUCCAAGAGAUGAACCUGAGGGACCUGGCCGAGAGGCUCCUGGAUGAGAAGGUGAAAGAGCACAAGCGGCGGUACCGGGAGCACGUGCUCCGGGAGUUCCUGCGCUACAAAGAAGUGAGCUCGUGUCUCGGGGAGAGCGUGUCCCUGGGCAGCCGCUACACCGCGCUCAGCACGGCCAGGAGGAGCAGGGGGCACGAGGAGGCUGCGGGCACCGGCCACGGCCGCGCCGGCGCCUCGCAGACGCUGUUCGGAGCCGACGGAGACGGGCGGAGGCCGCGGGUCGUGGUGCUGGUGGGAGCCCCGGGGAUGGGGAAGACGAUGACGGUGAGGAAGGUGAUGGUGGAGUGGGCAGAGGGGACCCUGGGAGCGCUGUUUGACUACGUGUUCUGCACAGACUGUAAGGACGUGGCCCCGGCCGCGGAGCUGAGCGUGGCGGGGCUGGUGUCGAGGUGCUGCCCUCACAGGCACACGCCAGCGGGGAACAUCCUGCGUGGCCACAAGAAGAUCCUGUUCAUUUUUGACGGCUUCGAGGCCCUGGGGUUUCCUCUGGCCCGGCCCCAAACCGAGCUGAGCUCUGACCCCAGGGAAGCAAAGCCACUGGAGAUCACCCUGAUGAGCCUGUUGAAGAAGACGGCUCUCCCCGAGUGCUCUCUGCUCAUCACCACGAGGCCGGCGGCUCUCCAGAGGCUGAGGCAGUGCCUGGAGGGCGAGUGUUACGUGGAGAUCCUGGGGUUCUCAGCAGCCUCCAAGCAGGAAUAUUUCCACAGGCAUUUCGGGGACGCCAGUGAAGCCGACGUGGCCUUUGGGUACGUCAGAGGCAACGAGGUCCUGUACAGCCUGUGCGCCAUCCCCGCCGUGAGCUGGACCGUCUGCACCGUCCUCCAGCAGGAGCUUCACAAGAGCAGAAACCUCAGCGAGUGCUCUAAAGCCACCACACAGAUGAGCAUGUUUUACCUGUCCUGGUUAACCAAGAGCAGAGGCAGGGACAAGGAGCAGGACCUGCAGAAGUUCCUACGCGAGCUUUGCUCCUUGGCUGCCGACGGCAUCUGGAAGCACAAGGUCCUCUUUGAGGAGAAGGAGAUCAAGGAGCGUGGCUUGGACCAGCCGGAGCUUCUCCCCCUCUUCCUCAACGAGAAGAUCUCAAAGGCAGGCGCAGAGGAAGGCAACACCUACAGCUUCACCCACCUGCACCUCCAGGAGCUCUUUGCAGCCCUGUUUUACGUUCUGGAGGACGAGGAGGAAACGGGGCGCGACUCGGGGGCUCUGGCAAAGGACGUGAACGUGCUGUUGGAGAGCUACAGCGAGUCCAGGCAGGAUUUGAGGUUCACGGUGCGGUUCCUGUUCGGUUUGAUGAGCCAAAAGGCCAUCGAGUACGCAGACGAGGUCACCGGCUGCGGCAUCUCCCCACGAGCCAGGGAAGGGAUGUUGAGGUGGCUUCAGGGGAGGCACGGAGGCAUCUCCCAUCCCCAGCGAGCCCAGAAGCUUUCCCACUUGGACACUUGCCACUUUUUGUUCGAGAUGAACGAGAAAAGCUUCACCCAAAGCGCUCUGGGGGGCCUCACUGACAUAGACCUGCGGGACGUCAGGUUUUCCCUGUACGACCAAGCGGCUCUUUGCUUCUGCAUCAGGCACUGGGACGGGCUGGACGGCGUCACCCUCCGGGGCUGCUCCUUCGCCCAGGGGGAGCCCCGGGAGCAGCUGCCCACGGCGCUGACUCGCUGCAGCACCCCAGGAGCCGGAGGAACUGAAGGAACAAGAGGAACUGGAGGACGUGCCGGUGACCUCGUGGAGUCGCACCCCCCGAUCCGCCCGCUCUGCCAAGCGCUGCAGCAGCCGGGCAGCCGCCUGCGGGUGCUGCGGCUGCACUGGUGCGGGCUGUCCGAGAGCUGCUGCCGGGAGCUGGGGGAGCUGCUGGCGCUGCACCCCGGCCUGGCGCGGCUGGAGCUGGCUGACGGGGCGCUGGGCGACGGCGGCGUGCGCCUGCUGUGCCACGGGCUGCUGCAGCCGGGCUGCCGCCUGCGUGCCCUGCGCGCCUGCUGCCGGGACCUGGCCGCCGUGCUGAGCACCAGCCCGUGCCUGGAGGAGCUGGAUCUGUCCUUCAGCGAGGGGCUGCGCGACGCCGGCGCGGGGCUGCUGGCCGAGGGGCUGCGGCGCCGGGGCUGCCGGCUGCGCACGCUGCGGCUGGGGAGCUGCCGGCUGACGGGCGCCUGCUGCCGAGCGCUGGCCGCGGGGCUGCUGGAGACCCCCCAGCUCGGCUGCCUGGACCUGAGCGACAACGAGCUGGGAGCCGAGGGCGUGCUGCAGCUGUGCCAGCAGCUCCGGCAUCCCGCCUGCCCGCUGCGGGCCCUGGGCCUGAGCACGUCAGGGCUGAACGAAGAAGCGCUGCAGGCACUGUCUGCCCUGCGGGAGCUGAAGCCAGACCUGAAGAUCGGGAACCUCCUGGAGCAGGAGGUGCCAGAGGAGGGGGCCAUGGCCCGGCUGCCCUUCCACCGCGGGGUCCUGCCGGGCACAGCGGGGACGAGGGGCAGGAAGGUGCUCCCUGCUUUUAGGAGAGGUCCCCUCCUUUAGGAAACGCCCUUGCAACAACCUGAGCUGCUUUGAGCCCGGUUCUUGGUGCUGCUCAUUUAGGGGGGGAAGCCUCCCUGGGUUUGAGCCCCCCUACACAUCAGGGCACAGGGAGGGGAGCAGUGUCUGCAGCUGUUGCGGGUCGGGGCGGAGCUGGUUGGGGUCCUUUGCUCUCCCCUUUCCCCACACUUGGCUGUGGGAACACUCACACGUGGUUGCCAAUGACAAAUAAAAGCCCUGGGGGCAGUCCCAGGACUC